AAUAAGCAAAUGCGUUUCCCCGACGAAGGGCCAUGGUAGAUUGGUGGUCAGUGCUCGAGUGACACCUGACAAGGGAGAAGCCGCGGAGACGAAAGACUGGCACCUCGCCUCCAAGUAUUCAAUCAUCAACUUCCAGACUCCAAAGGUCUCCACGCCUCUGGCAAUCCAAGUAUCCGAGGAGCCGAGGAGGAGGAGGGAGGAAGAGGAAGGGCAGUGAACCCGCGCGGCUCGGGUUGCGGCAGAAAUGGUGGUGGUGGACGCGUCGGAGUUCGGGGCGGAGGGGUUCGACCCGAAGCGGUGGAUCAACGCUGCGCUGGAUGCGCGGCACCCGUCGGAACCGCUUGACCGCUUCCUUGCCGACGCCGAGGAGCGCCUCCGCGCCGCGGCCGAAGACGCCGCGUCCGCACUCGAGCGUGACAGCGGGGACGCACUCCGCCGCGUCCCGCUUGCCUGCCGCGACGCGCUCCGCCUCCGCGACGACGCGGUCGCGCUCCGCUCCCACCUCGCAUCCGUCCUCCAGUCCCUCUCCCAGGCUGAGGGCUCCUCUGCUGAGUCAAUAACUGCACUAGCACGAAUUGAUACUGUGAAACAACGUAUGGAAGCGGCAUAUGCAACAUUGCAGGAUGCAGCUGGGCUAGCUCAGUUGAGCCAAAGUGUUGAGGAUGUGUUUUCUAGUGGCAAUCUUCCAAAAGCUGCUGAAACCCUGGCAACUAUGAGACAUUGCUUGUCAGCAGUUGGCGAGGUUGCAGAGUUUGCAAACGUGAGAAAGCAGCUUGAAGUAUUGGAAGAAAGGCUAGAUGAAAUGGUGCAACCUCGUUUAAUGGAUGCACUUUCUAAUCGCAAGGUUGAUGCUGUGCAAGAUCUUCGUGGUAUACUGAUACGUAUUGGGAGGUUUAAGUCACUGGAGGUGCAAUACACUAUGAUCCAUGUUAAGCCUCUAAAGAAGCUUUGGGAAGAUUUUGACCUAAAGCAAAGAGCCAGCAAGGUGGAAAUGGAGAAGCAUGGUGGUGAAAGCAUAAGUAGUCUCUCAUUCUCUAGCUGGCUACCAAAUUUCUAUGAUGAGACACUACUUUACCUUGAGCAAGAAUGGAAGUGGUGCUUGACUGCUUUCCCUGAAGAAUACAAAUCACUAGUCCCAAAAGUACUUGUUGAGAUCAUGAGUGAGUUGAAUUCAAGCUUUGUCUCUCGUGUCAACAUAGCAACUGGAGAUGUUGUUCCUGAAACCAGAUCGGUUGCAAAAGGUAUAAUGGAUGUUCUAUCAGGUGACUUGCCAAAAAGUACCAAGUUGCAGAAUAAGCAUCUUCAAGCGCUAAUUGAACUGCACAACAUUACUGGCACUUUUGCUAGGAACAUUCAGCACUUAUUUUCAGAAUCAGAUCUUGCAGUUGUGCUGAAUACAUUGAAAGCUAUAUAUUCCCCAUAUGAAGCCUUUAAAGCAAGGUAUGGGCAGAUGGAGCGUGCUAUACUUUCUGCAGAGAUGGCGGGUAUAGAUAUUCGUGGGGCUGUCUCUCGUGGUGCUGGUGCACAGGGUAUAGAGCUGAGCGAAACUGUCCGCAGAAUGGAGGAAUCCAUCCCGCAAAUGAUAGUACUUUUUGAAGCAGCUGUGGAGAGAUGCAUUAGUCUUACUGGUGGUUCCGAGGCAGAUGAACUGGUAGGGGCCCUUGAUGAUAUAAUGCUGCAGUACAUAUCUAAUCUACAAGAAAUUUUGAAGUCCCUAAGGAUGGUAUGUGGGCUGGAAAGUACUGCACAUAGUGAUCCCUUGAAAAGGGAUGCAGGAUUAGAGAAGAAGGAUGCACAACGGUUGGUGGAUGUUUCUGAAGAGGAAGAAUGGGCUAUUGUCCAAGGUGCUUUGCAGAUUCUUACAGUUGCUGACUGCCUAACUAGCAGAACCUCAGUUUUUGAAGCUUCUUUAAGAGCUACGCUUGCCAGGAUUGGGACAAACUUUUCACUUUCUGGGUUUGGCUCUAACCUUGAUAAAUCACCUGCAACAAUUGCUGAUGAGAAUGCAGAAAUUCCUCUGGGAGGGAGGGCUGCACUUGAUAUUGCAGCUAUUCGCCUCAGUGAUCUACCAGACAAAUCUAAGAAGCUCUUCACUGUACUAGAACAGUCAAAAGAUCCAAGGUUCCAUGCUCUUCCGCUCACAUCACAGAGAGUUGCGGCCUUCUCAGACACAGUAAAUGAGCUGGUCUAUGAUGUUCUCAUAUCUAAAGUUCGGCAUCGUCUCAGUGAGGUUGCUCGUCUCCCAAUCUGGUCGUCUGUGGAGGAACAGGGUGGCCUUCCUCUUCCAAGCUUCAGUGCCUACCCGCAAGCAUAUGUGACCAGUGUUGGGGAGUAUCUCCUCACUUUACCACAGCAGUUGGAGCCACUCGCAGAAGGCAUCUCAGGCAACGAGGCUGGCAACGAUGAGGCUCAAUUCUUUGCUACUGAGUGGAUAUUUAAGGUCGCGGAGGGUGCUACUGCGUUGUUCAUGGAGCAGCUACGUGGAAUCCACUGCAUCACCGACCCGGGUGCGCAGCAGCUCGCGGCUGACAUCGAGUACCUAAACAACGUCCUCUCUGCGCUCUCAAUGCCGAUCCCUCCGUUCCUGUCUACCUUCCACGCCUGUGUCUCGACCCCGAGAGACCAGGUCCGCGGUAUGAUAAAAUCAGACGGCGGAAGCCAGGUUGACCUCCCUACCGCCCAUCUGGUCUGCAAGAUCCGGCGGAUCUCAUUAGACUAGUGAAACGAAAUUGUCGUAGUCCCCCCCCCCCCCCCCCCCCCAUUCCGCGAAUUUUACCUCUGUACUAGCAUACAUCCCCGCAUCCUUGAUCAGUUGCUCUCUCGACAUAUGGGUUUGUUGCUUCAUUUUUCUUUUCUCAUUUUUGGUGCCUUGUAACCGUACUGCUUGCAGAUAGUGAGAACAAUCAUAGUAUAGAAGAAUUCAUUACUUGGAGCCAAUAAGUGAUUGGAUGCUUUGUCAUUGCAAAAGUUGGGAAGAAUUGAGGCUUAGCCUCCACACAUUGAGGUGCAGUUGAGAAUUUAACACCUCGGGUGUUUUUGGUUUAUGUCCUAGCUGUAUCAAGCCAAAUUUUGGCCAUGUCUAGGUAAUUUGACUUCCAUUUAGUUUGUGACCAAGCAUUGGCCAUGCCCCCAAAAAGGUUGGUCAUGCCUAGCUACCGCAACAGCAAUCCUUGGCAUGGCUCGGGUUGGCAUGGCUUGGGCCAGCAUAACGCUCGCCUCGGAAUUUGGCUAGCUGCAGCAACACCUUUGCUGAUGUGUUAUCUUGUUAUUGGUUGCAUUAAAUACUUUGUAUCUUAGAUUAA